UUUGCGCUUCCCCGGUUGGGAAGAGAGAAAAGUGCGUCGCGGGGAAGACCGCGGCAACGAGCUGGGCGCAAGGAGAAAAGAUGGAUGCAGGGCGAAAGAAGUUUGUGGUGAAACCCUACCGCAACAAUAUCGGCAUGGACGUGACCAAGGCCAAGGAGACGUGGCAGUCCCUACGCAGUGCGAUCAAAGAAAUCCACAGCCACAAUGCGUCCCUGUUGUCGUUCGAAGAGCUCUACCGGAGCUCGUAUAACAUGGUGUUGCACAAACACGGAGAUAUGCUCUACUCGGGGGUUGUCGAGUGCGUCACAGACCACUUGCUUUGUAUGAGCGAUCGCGUCAUCAAAGCAACGGACGACUCGUUGAUGAUAGAGCUCUUGGCAGCAUGGACGGACCACACAUUGACGAUGUCCAUGAUUCGGGACAUCUUGAUGUACAUGGACCGCAACUACGCGUUGCCGAAGCGCAAGUUGCUGAUCUACGACAUCGGCCUGGUGGUGUUUCGAGACACAAUUCCGCGACAUCCCAAAGUGAAAGAUCGAUUGAAAUGGUUGUUGCUACAAAACAUUGACCUUGAACGCAACGGCGAGUUGAUCGACCGUGGCCUGAUGAAGGACACCCUGGCAAUGCUUGUCGACUUGGGCGUGCGGUCGAACAACGUGUACGAAGAAGAUUUUGAAAACGACUUUCUCCGCACGACCACUGCAUUUUACAACGCGGAAGCACAGCGGCUGCUCGAUCAAAACACAUGCCCCGACUUCAUGGAGAAAGCGGAGCGUCGACUGGCAGAGGAACACGCCCGCGUCAUGCAGUACUUGAAUUCAUCGACCGAGCCCAAACUGAAAGCGAUCGUUGAGCGGGAGCUGAUCGCCAACCACGCCAAGGCGCUGGUGGAGAUGGAAGGGUCCGGGUGCAUUGCAAUGUUUCGCGAUGACAAAGUGAUCGACUUACGCCGCAUGUACGUUCUAUUCAAACGAGUUCCUUUGACUCUGGAGGACAUUGGGGCAGCCGUGACCAACUACAUCAAAACGACUGGCCUCGACCUGGUUCAAGCUCAGCUCAACCUCCAACUAACGAAUACGAGCUCCACGGAAUCGGCGAUUCAAUUUGUGACGGCUUUGCUGGCCCUGCAAGACAAGUUCAAUGUGUUUCUCGCGUCGUGCUGGGCAGAUGACAAGGCAUUUUACAAAUGCAUUCAACGGGGGUUUGAAGCGUUCAUGAACAUUUCGCGGCUGUGCGCGUACACGUUGGCACAGUAUGUAGACGACAUGCUCAAGUCCAAAUCGCGCUUCGAAGCCGACUUAGAGCGCCAGGCCGACAAAGUGGUCGGUCUGUUUCGGUACCUGAGCGACAAGGACGUGUUUGAAGAGUUUUACAAGCGAUUCUUGUCCAAGCGAUUGCUCCACGCCAAGGGGGCGACGGACGAAGGCGAAAAAAUGGUGAUUGCCAAGCUUAAAGCCGAGUGCGGGUACCAGUUUACGUCCAAGUUGGAAGGGAUGUUUAAGGACAUGGCGAUGACGAAAGACCUCAUGGACGGCUUUAAGAAACUCAACUCGGUCCUGAGCGUGCAGGUGCUCACGAUGGGGUAUUGGCCCACAGAAACGACGACCGCGACGAGCUCCUUGCCCGAGAGCGUGCGCAGUUGGGUCCAACGCUUUGAAGCAUUCUACUUUGGACGACACAACGGCCGCAAGCUCUCGUGGCUGCACAACAUGGGGUCCGCAGACAUCAAGGCUACGUUUGGAUAUGGAGACGCGACCGUGCGCCACGAGCUCACCGUGACGACGUAUCAAAUGUGCAUUUUGAUGCUGUUCAAUGACCAAACGACUUGGGUCUUCCGCGAGAUUGAAGAAAAGACCGGCAUCAACCGUGCCGACCUCAAGCGACACCUGAUUUCGCUGUGCACGCCCAAGUUUCGCAUUGUGCUCAAGUCGUCCAAGGGGAAAACGAUCGAAGACGACGACGAAUUUACUAUCAACCACGAGUACAAGUCGAAGCUACACAAAGUGCGCAUUCCGCUUGUGUCGAUAAAAGACAGUCCAGCCAGCGGCGCCGACCAAACGAUGGCGAUUCCGCCCACGGAACUUCCGCCUACUGUCGAAGAGGACCGGAAACACUUGGUCGAAGCGGCAAUCGUGCGCAUCAUGAAGACGCGCAAGAGCAUGCAGCACAACAACUUGAUGACAGAAGUGACCCGUCAGCUCACGACGAGGUUCGUGCCAACGCCGCAAAUGAUCAAGCGCCGCAUCGAAAGUUUGAUUGAACGCGAGUACUUGACAAGAAACCAGUCGGACCGACGGCUUUAUAACUACGUAGCGUAAUGGACGCGACAUUCGACGUGAACUUGAUGGGCUGAUACGGAAUGGAUGAAUUGGACGCGAAAGCCUACAUGUCCAACGCAACAGCGAGGCUGCUGAUAAAGCAUACGAUGACUUGCGGCGCCCAAAUGAGUCGCUCCCACUUGCUCGGCGUGAUGACGUUCAGCACGGACGACACACCCAUCAGCCCCACGACCAUCCAGAUCGCCCACGACGAGUGGAGGCUUGGCAACGCCACGUCGGCCCGAGCCAGCACCACAAGAGCCAUCGUGACAAACAGGGGAAUUUGGACGAGGAGGCUCACGACACGGAUCGUUGUCGGCACUCGGCCAGGGUAUUUGCCACCCAUGCAGUACUCGCCCCAUGGAGCGCCGCACCCGACGCAGAAGAAGAAGACGCAGACAAUAGCCAUCAGAACUGUGAAGAUAAUGGCGGCCACGACGCUGACGGUGGACGCCAUGGGUUGGUGUCUGCGCAAUUUGAAUUAUG